CACUACUGUAUUGUCAAAGUUUGGAGGUUAUGUGAUUAUCACUUUGGCGGCAAAAUAUAUUUUCGUGGAAGUUUUCGCAUAAAGUACAGUAUAAACAAUGAGUAAUUCGAAUUAUUUAUCUAUAUCAGACAUUUUAGUAACGAAUGAGAAAGUACCUUGUAAAUUUUUACACGAUCUGCCGAAAAUGGGUUUCCUAGACCCUUCAGCGACUGAAGACGACCUAAAGGCGGGGACCAAUGUUGAAAUACCUUUGUGGCUAGCUGAAUCUUUAUACUCUAGAAGACCACCAUUAGUGAGCGUAGAUUUGCCUAAAAUAUACAAGGAAGCAUAUAGGGAAAUCUUAAAUGCAGAUGCGUGUACUGUUGAUAUGCACAAACUUGGACAACAUUUCUACGAGCUUGGUUGUUAUGUAGCAAAACAUGAUAUUAAAGGCGAAGUUGCUAACACAUUAGUCAAUACGUUUAGACAAAGGUUCAAGAUGUUGCUUUCUGCCAGUGUGUCAAGUGACUCUGUGGGUGCUGUGCAGCCACUAUCAACCAGCGAGAGGACUCGCGCCGCUGAAGCUGCGACGACGGAGCGCGCCCUCUCUGGCUGGCUACAGAGGGGCGACUGUCCACUACAGACAGCCAACAUGGUCGCUAAUCACAGGAAACGGAAAAGAGCUGAAAUGGAAAUGUUAUGAAUAAAGCUUAUUUUUGUA